GCAAAGUAGAAUACAACAUGAUGAUUUUACACUGAUUGCGUGGACAUUUGUAUAGAUAGACCUGUUUCUCAUUUAAAACAAAGUCCUGUUUCUCUGAAUAAUUAGAAUGUCAUCAAGGAUUGAAAUAAAUUUCAAUCGGUUGUUAAUAAGAUGUGAAAAUAUGGCGAAAGAAAGAAGUUUGUGGGACUGGAGAAUUGAGAAGUAUGUUGUUGCACUGCAAGACCAGUUAUCUCAGAUUAAGAAGUCCUCAAUGAAGCCAUGUCAAGAUAUGCUAAAUGAAUACACUCGUAAGGUGGAAUUCUUGAAAGGUUUACUUCAGGCAGAAAAAAUGCCAACUGUAACAGAGAAAGCAUUAGCUGCAGAACAGCUUCCUAAUGUGGCAAAAUCUGCCAAGGGACAUAACUCUGUUUCAUCAGCAGAAUUACAGAAAAAGACAGUUGCUAGACAUCAUAAAGAUUUAAGAGAAGAGUUAUUGGGACCUGAGAAAGAUAAACUUGAUGAUAGUGGCUUAAGACAAAGGAAUGUAAAAACAGACAAAGAUAUAGAUAUUGUUAUACAACAUCAACAUCAGAUGCAUGAAAAACUGGCCGAGGAGAUGCUACAAUUGACCAGAAAUCUGAAAGAGAGUAUACGAGACUCUGGACAAAUUGUCCGAGAGGAUAAUAAGAAAUUGGAAGAAAGUGUUAAACUAACAGAUGGGAAUUAUGUUAAAUUGAAGAAGGAAAGUGAUCGUUUAGAGAAACAUACACAGACUUGUUCCUGGUGGAUAUGGAUUAUGUUAGUCAUUGUUACCUUGACCUUCCUAUCUAUGAUUAUGUUUAUGAAAUUAUUUUCGAAAAAGGUGUGACGAAGGUGUACACAUUGUUGUUAUAUAUAUAUUUAUUUAUUCUCAGAGUGAAAAUAAAUGUGCAAUAUA